AUCUGCUUUCAAUUAUAUUCCUCAUAUUUUGGUUCCGAAAGAUCCUGUUACUGCAAUUUCUCGUGGUGCCGUACAAUAUGGUUUAAACAUGAAAACUAUUAAAACAAGAGUAUUAAAAUAUUCUUAUGGUGUUAAACUCGCUUUUGAGUGGCAACCGGGUGAUCCUCCAGAAAGAAGAACUCAAAAGGGAAGAAUUUUUAAAUUCCAUCAACUGGUCGAUCAAGAAUUUUCUGAAGUUCUCGUACCUUUCACUAAAAAGCAAAAAACGAGAACUUAUCGAAUAUACAUUACUCGUAAAAAAGCUGCAACAUAUUGCGACGAAGCUGGGAUGAGAUUUCUUGGGGAACUUAAAAUUGAUUCUCAAAAUACUUUUCAUGGAAUGGAAAGGCCAAUACUAUUUUCACUUCGUUUCGGUAAAAUGGAAAUUGAUGCUACUGCAAUAGAUCAAGUAACCGAACAAGUUUACCAAACCACUUUUAAAUUGGAAUUGGAAGAAUCUGAUUCUUUUCUGUAA